GCCGGUGCGGUAAGGAAGUUUCUCGUCUCGCCAGCGCAGCGCGCGAACGAGCAGGGAAACCGGCCUGGCGGCCUCUUCCAAGCCGGUCGCGCGGAGAUUCGUGUCUCGGAGGCCGUACCUCCCACGCCGGAACCACCUCACUGCUGACGCGGGCACGCCUCGCCGCCGCCGCCGCAAAACUCGAUUCACAGCCGUACCGGCCGUCCGCCACCGCGAGAUGCCUCGGAAGUCGUCCAAGGUGCGGGGCGCGGCCGCGCCGAGGCCUCACCUCAAGGCCGGGCCCCCAAACCGUAGCCCCGCCGCCGCCGUCGCGGAGGCCGAAGGCCUGCAGGUACCUGGCGACGGGGCGUCCGCCGGCGCCGAGGCCCUGGAGCUCCUCCACAUCGACCCCGCUUCCGAUGGUGAUCCGCCGCCGCCGCCGCCUUCCGAGGCCGAGCCCGAGCCCGAGGCCCUCGCGCCGUCUCAGGCGCCGCCGGAGGAGGCGUCAUCGUCUGGGAGGUCUGCAGCUGGCGGGAGCCUGGAUGAGGAGGCUGUGAGGAAGCUGCACGAGCUUGCGGAGGCCGGUGGGGAAGAGGUGGCGUUGACUGAGGAGGAGGUGCACGCCAAUGAUCAGAGGCAGGAGGAUGAGAUCUGUGCCCUUGAAGCAAUUUUUGAAGAUGCUGUAGUAAUUUUGGACAGAAAGGGUGGGCAGCGUUGUUUCCAGGUCCAUGUUCACAUUGAGAUUCCAGAUGCUAUAGAUGUAUCAACAAGGCUCAGUUAUGGUGAUGGAACAUUAAAAUAUGGGGCAGCAUCUGAUGCUGGUGCUGAUGCUGAUGACCUUGUUUACAAGUUUAGAGUUGAGCAUUUGCCUCCAAUCCUGCUAACAUGUCUCCUGCCUGCAUCAUACCCAAGUCACCGCCCUCCCUUUUUCACUAUCUCCACAUAUUGGCUUGAUAAAGGGAUGAUUUCGUCAUUAUGCCGCAUGCUUGAUAUGCUUUGGGAAGAGCAACUGGGGAUGGAAGUAACAUAUCAAUGGGUGCAAUGGCUCCAAAGUUCAACCCUUUCUCACUUAGGGUUUGGUGAGGAGAUAGUAUUGAGCAAGAAUGAUGUAACAUGUGAUGCAGAUAAGCGUGCUUGUCUAGAUAAUGGUUCACCAAAUGUUAUAAUUCCAAGGAUGAUGAGAUACAAUGACAAUAAACACCAUGAAGCUUUCUUACGUGCUAUCCAUGACUGCAUGAUUUGUUUCAGCGAGUGUCCUGGUGUUGAUUUCAUCAAACUUCCAUGUCAUCAUUUCUUCUGCUGCAAAUGCAUGCAAACAUACUGCAAAAUGAAUGUCAAGGAAGGAAAUGUAGUGAAGUUGCUAUGUCCUGAUACAAAAUGUGAAAGUGCUGUUCCUCCUAAUGUAUUGAAAAGGCUGCUUGGAGAGGAUGAAUUUGAACGUUGGGAGGGAUUACUGCUUCAGAGAACUCUUGAUGCAAUGAGUGACGUUGUCUAUUGUCCAAGAUGCCAAACUGCUUGCUUGGAGGAUGUAGUAGGUAAUGAAGCAGUGUGUUCAAGUUGUUUAUUCAGCUUUUGCACACUCUGUAGAAAUCGACGUCAUAUUGGGGAGCAAUGUAUGUCUCCAGCAGAAAAACUUCUUAUCUUGGAGAAACGCCAAGAAUCUGGGCAAGUGCAAGCAGAUCAGCAGAGGAUUGUUGAAGAAUUAAAGAGCCUGAAGGAAAUUAUGAAGGAUGCAAAACAGUGCCCGAAAUGCAAGAUGGCCAUAUCUAAGACAGAAGGAUGCAAUAAGAUGCAUUGUUGGAACUGUGGGGAGUACUUCUGUUAUCAAUGCAACCGUGCGAUCACUGGAUAUGAGCAUUUUAAGGGUUCUUGUGCGCUGUUUCCUCAGGAGGAAAUUGACAGAUGGGAAGUGCAGAUGAACCCAAGGGUUCGGCGCCAAUUUGUUGCACAGGCGCACGCUGAAAUGCAUGUACAGCAUGGUCAAGCUCAUCUUUGUCCGACAUGCCGUCAACCAUCUCCAAAGGUCGGAAACAACAACCACCUGUUCUGUUGGGCAUGCCAGAAACAUUUUUGUGCCCUGUGCCAUAAGCCUGUCCCAAAGACGGCACAGCAUUAUGGUCCCAAAGGUUGCAAGCAACAUACGUCAGAUCCCUGAAUGAGGUUUUCCCAUAUGUGCAUCGAUACCGACACCAUCGUAUCAGUGAAUUAUCAGUAGUUCUGUGCAUGUACACACAUACCUGUCCCAGGAUGUACUUUAGUCCGACGAAUCCAAUUUGUUGAAGAGAGCAUGUUUUCAAGUCUACAACAUCAUUUUAUCCACAGCAGCAGCUCCAUGGUUUACAUUCACGAAUAUAAACAUGAGCCAUCCAUUCAUUCACUACCUGCUGAAUUUUUUAGAAUACUCUGUAUAUUCAAGACGCUGAUUGAACAAAAACCAAUAGAACCAAUUCUUUGAGAGGGUAGAUUAUUGUCUGUUGUUAUUGAUCUUGUACCAAUUCAACGAAAGUGAUCAAUUUUAUUUUUUUUAAGUUACA